UGUAUGUAUGUAUGUAUGUGCCGUUUGGAGUAUAUAGUGUGUGUAGUAUGGCAAAGAAGCUACAUUAUACAUUUAAUAUGUAUGUAUGUAUGUAUGUAUGUACAUACUUACUAAGCAAGUAGAUUUUUGUAAGUUUAUAUUAUUUGUAGGAGUGCUCGGAGCGGGCAAUGGGCCGUUUGAGAAGCUAUAACACAUUUUUAUGUUGCAGAAUUUUUACUUUUUCCUCCUUGCACAAGUAUAGAAUGCAUAAGCAUUCAUACACGUAUCAAAUAAUGUGCAUACACAUAAGAGAUAUAUAUUUAUGUACAUAUGUAGGUGUUUCAUUCUACAAGUGUAACACUAGCAUAGUAAAUACAUAUGUGUGCGUAUGUACGUUGAUUAAAUAGUUGCCUUUGCUGACCUUUAUUUGUCACAAUUUAAUGUAUUCGGCGGACAACAAGCUUGAAUAUAUUUGUAUAUAUGUAUAUAUAUAUAUAUAUUUAUAUACUUAAAUACAGUAUACAUUUGAAAGUAUGUAUUGUUGUAUAUGUACAAAUUAUUGCUCAAUGUCGACAUAGUAUGUGGUAUAUAUGUACGUAUAUAUUUGCUUAUAUGCACGCAUAUACAUAUGUAUUUAUGUAUGUAGGGUACUUAAUGCUGCUUAAAAUAAUGAGAUGCAAAAUAAUAACAUUAUGAUUAAUGUAAACUGUUCUCUUUUUGAUGAAAUUACACUUAAAAUUACAACGAUAUGAACAGAAUUUCGUUGAAAUCAAUUACAGCGAAUCAUUAAGGGUAUUCACUUUUCCAGCCAUGCAAGCCCAGAACAAACAACACAUACAUCUAAAUACAAGAAACAUGUGAUUCAAGAAAAAAAUAUUAUAUGUCAAAACCUACAUACAUACAUAUGUACAUAAAUUUAUUUCUUAUAGAUCACAAUAAGAAGCCGAGCGAGUUGUUAGUGUUUGAGCAGAAUUUAUCACAUUCGUACAAUGGGGUUGCCAUCGGGCUUUAAAAACUUUUCUUCGGAAACUUUUGCAUAUAUUAGAAAUUUAACAUGCCACUUUUUCAUUUUCUAGAUAUUUUUUUCGCUCCAGAAAGCAACAAAGAAGUACUAUUAAUGACCAACAGUUCAAAACUCGAUAUAGAGCGAUCCGGAGCAAUUAGACAAAGAGUAGACUAAUGUGAAAUGAUUUACUUUAAAACAUGGGAGUAGUAGGAUGAGAGAAAUAGGCCGUCGUGGAAUUCAAGCUGUUCGACAACGGUCUAAAGUUGGAUAUAUCCAGCUACUCCCAUAUGAACAUUCGCAUGAGCACAAAGGGCAAGCGUCCAUUGCGAAGCUUGACCCCGAGUGAUAAAAUUCAUGCCAUUCAGCGAAUACACGAUGGAGAAUCCAAGGCAUCGGUGGCCCGUGAUAUUGGAGUGCCCGAAUCUACUUUACGUGGUUGGUGCAAAAAUGAGGAUAAGCUGCGCUUCAUGUCACGUCAAACUGACAAAAUUACAGCUGAUUCAUUGGCUGAAAAACUGGGAGGAUCAGCUGCUUUGCUGGGAACGCCCCCAGAAAAACGUCAAAAACUAGAUGGUACAUCCCUACAAUUCAAUUAUUCCAACAAGAUCAAAUACGAUGAUAUGCUGUACAAACGAACUCCCCUUAAUGGCCUGGACUAUAGUUCAAACAAAAAUUUGCAAGAAAUUGGUUUCAAUGGACUGCCCUCGGAUUAUAUUGCUUUCAGUGGGGCUGUGAAGAACAAGGUCUUCGGUGCUGAUAUAUCUCGCCAAACAGAUCCAGCAAUCGCUGCAAUAAGUCCCCUUACUAGUUUAUCACAUAUUUCGGGACUCUCUGGUUUAGCUCAAUCCCCAUUAGCAAUUAGUUUCAAUGAACUUACAUCAAAUUUAAAUUUAUUAGCACAAUUAAAUCCUGGAUUAGCAGCAAUGUCUGGACUAAACGGUUUGACGGCCACGGCUAGCACUUUACGUAAUGUAAAAACAAAACCACAGCCACAAUUACAAAGUCCACGAAGUGAGUGCGGAGAUCGACAGCAGGGACUGUCUGUUAAAAAUUGGGCGAAACAAAAGUCACCUCCACCCGGGGAUCCUAAUUAUGGACUUAACUUAUGUCAGAGUGAUGAUAAUAAAAAUAAAAUCAAAUGUCCUAGUCCAUCACUUGCGCCAUCUCUCGGCAAUAGUAUACCCACGCUCACAACCAUAUCUGAGGACCCCCUACUAUAUUGGCUGAAAUCACAGCAGGCAAUGUUAGGAUUGAAUAACCUCUAUCCAGCAACAAUAGGGGAGUCUAGUCCUCCGUUGCGCUCAUCAACACCGCAACAAUCAGCAAAACAUAUCAACGCGCCCCUUAAUGCUCCCGGAGCGAUGGCAUCAUCUUCGACAUCUUCCGUUAAUUUAGACGACAAGAACUCUGCAUGGUUUAAUUGGUGCAAGGCAUUAGGCGCUAGCCUUAAUUCAUUAGCACCAGCAGCUGCAGCCGCAGCUCUACAUGGUGUACCCACACCGCCACAUAAUCCAUCGUCUUCUAAUGCGUCUACUUCCACGAAUGUUGAAGCGGCCACCUCGUGUUCCAAUUUGUCAGCUCAGAAAUCGAAUUUGGAAAAUAUUCUAUUUACUCAGCUAACUAAAAGUGUGGGUAGUUCGUCGUUGGAAAGUGCAGGCAUGGUUGAAAACACGAAUCACGAUGAUAUUGAAAAUCUGAACUCUAUAAACAAACCUGAGGAUCUAUCAGCCAGAACGAUGAGAAUCAAUUCUGCGCCCGCAUCACCCACACCAAACCCACCGGCACUGAGCACAUCACCAAACUCAAAUAUGGAAGAAUGCUUAGUGCCAACGCCAGAACAUAGCCCAAAUGAGCAUUCCGUAGCUGAUGCUCCCAACUCUCCCUACUAUGAUGAAGCUGAGGAAGACGGAGUUACUAGUAUUUCGGAUUGCAAGGAUGUUUUAGAUAAUUUAUUAUAUAAAAUCAACAAUAAUCCUUCCGUUGCAUCUCUAAGUAAGGCAACAACACCAACAACGGCUGACGAACCGGACGGCGAUGGUGGUAUUAGUGAAUCGAAUAUCAGCUACGCAAGCGACAAUAAUCGUGAUGACAAUGUCAACAACAACAAUCAUUCGAAUAAGACAGAUGAAGAAGAGCGUCUGAAAUUUUCUGGAAUUAAUAAAGAGGACGAAGACUCCAAAGCCAUAAAACAUGGUGAAGAAUUUCUUAAUUGGUUAGAAAAAUGUAGCAAUCCUCGCGUUACCGCAACACACUUAAUGCAAUUGAGAUUUCUUAUAUCCGCUUUGAAAUCAAGUUGUGAUAGUAAAGAUGAAAACUACGUAGAUAAAGUUAGAUUAGGCGAUACUGAAAAUAGCACUGGAAAUAUUUUAAAUAAUUUGGAAGACAAUAAUCAUAUUAAUAAAGGUCGCCGCCGCAAAUAGGGGCAACCGAAAUUGGCAACAACCGAGACAAAAACUAGUAAUUCUAACCAAAAUGGAAUGCUUUUGCGUGAAACGACGCAGCUCUGACAAGGAGACAUUGAAGAAUAAUAAAUUCCAAAGUCCUCAAAUGGAUAAUGUGAUUUUAACAAUUAGCUGAAUUCUUUCCAAAAAUAUAUAUAUGAACAUAUAUAUUUAUUCGAAGAAGAUGUCAAAGCCGUGGUAAUGUACGUGUAUGUAUGGCAAUGGUGGGAAAUACUCAUAUGAAAUAGAUACCAAAAGCAUAAUGCAUAUUUUAUUGUAGCAUCAAAAAAUAUGUUAAUUACAGUAUUAUACUGUAACUGUAGCCGCUAAUUUCUUCCUAAAAAUUUGUGUACAUAUGUUUAAGUUAAAAAAUUAUGUACUUGUGAAUUACGUAAUUACGUAAUUACGUACGUAUUCAUUGACUAUAUGGGAAUUGCAUUUAAUUUGAUUAUUUAGCCUUUGUAAGAAUAUUAGAAUAUUUAACAUCAAAAGUAAAUGUAAGAUUAGACUUUGAUAUUGAAAUAAAAAAAAUAGAGCUCUUCUGUGAGUAUGUGGACUAAA